AGCUCGCGCGCAGGAGGGAAGAGCCAGGCUGAAGAAGAAAGUUCAUCCCUGCUAUAUAAACGGCCGAGUGCAGCCGAGCUGAACACUUUGCUCGCGGCGUCACCUUCGCCAACUCUUACUUUUUCUGUGCGUCUCCAAAUUUCGGCGCUUCUGGACCAUUUUUUCUUUUUAAUUGACCGGCUCAUCAGUGAAAGAGCAGACGUGCCGCGACCAGCCGCUCUCCAACACCAUGUUGGCACAGAAAUUUUUCUUUGUCACAAUUUUGGCGACCCUUGUGGCGUCAACCCUGAGCCACCCCUUCGGCGUGCACUACGACGAGGAUUAUGUAGAUGAGGACGAGCCGAUGGACCCACCCUCGCCCUACAACCGCCCCACCCCUAACGGUUUCUCCAAAAAAUCAUCCCCGGCGCCGCCAGUUUUGUCCUACCCGACCGCCUUCGAAGGGGCGCAGUCGGCCAAACUAACCCCGCCCGCCCUCCUGCAAAACCAGAAGUUCAAGAUCCCCGAGCCCAAAGCGGAGGUCAGGCCCAUCUACGUCCCCCCACCCUCGUCCAAACCCCCCACCAAGAAGGUCGAACUCGUGCAGGACGAGCUGCCGUACGCGCCCACGGUCAACGUCACCCCCAAGAAGAACAAGAACGCGCCCAACUUCGUCACCCCCCUCCCUCCGGCCACCCCUAAGAAGAGCGUCCAGGUCAUUCGCCCCACCACCUUUAGACCUCCGAUCAAGCACAAGUCCAAACCGGCCCAGAAAAGACCCGCCGUUCCCGCCAAAAGCAACCCCAACGCACCCCCUCCAGGGAAAAAGAUCAGACAGUCGUCGUCGAUCGUGAGUCCCAAGUACGCGCAGCACCCCUCGCACACCCUCGCCUCGUUCCCGCACUUCCUGCCCACGGUGGAGCCGACCUACCAAGUGGUGCCCGCGGCCCAGCAGGAGUACAACAUCGCCAGCAUCGGAGGCGUCGGACUUUUGAGCGGAGGACCCGUUCUAUCCGGAGGUCAUUCUGAUGAUGACGACGGUGAAGGGUCGUAUGGACACCAUCAGGACGAGGCGAGUGGAAAGGACGCCAAGUACGAGUUCAUGUACCGCGUGCAGGGGGACGACAAGUACGGCAAGGAGGAGGAGGCGGAGGGGGCGGCGAGCGACUUCGGACACUCGGAGGCCCGCGAGGGUGACCGCACGUGGGGGCGGUACUUUGUGAAGCUGCCGGACGGCCGCUUGCAGACCGUGCGCUACUGGGCCGACCACACCGGCUACCACGCCGAGGUCGUCUUCCAGGGCGAGGCGCACCACCCCGACGAGCACCCCCACCAACCCUCCUACUCGAACCACGCCCCCGCCUACGAGCAGGGCCCGGUGACCUUUGGCCCGCCGCACAGUUCGCAACCGGCGUUCGUCGCCACCAACUUUUACGCGGCCGCCAGCGAGAACGUCGAGGUGCAGAAACCGAAGCAAAACUCGCCGCGAUGAGUGGCUUUUUCAGACAAACAAUGAGUGUGACAAUGGGUGUGCGUGACACCGCGUAAUUAUCCGCACCUUUUACUCGCGCAGAAUGAAUGAUACACAUUACUUUUUUUCAUGUCACACUCGCGCGGUUUUUCUCCCGAAAUAGAAACACGUGAGUGCGUUAUUUAUUUUUUUGCAUGUACAACUUUUACACAAAAUAUUAAUAAAUUCCAGAGAAGUUUCUCUUGGUGAAUUUUGCUCCCGUUGUUUUAAUUAUUAGCUAGCUAAGUUGUAAUUAAACAAAAUUGUUCUCGCACCGUUCCUUUUUUCCGAACUGUUAUUAAAUAUGUACACGUGUCUGUUUGAGGAAAGGUGAUAAUUGCUAAUUCGCGAGAGUGACACUAACCACAAUUAACCUCUCGCGUGACAAUCUUUUGCAAUUUUGAAUUAAUUUUGGAGUCUUAUGCUGCUUCAGAAGUUUGAAACAAAAGAUUUGAAGAAUACUUUUUAUUUCAAUUUUGAAUAAAGAAAUGAAAAAUUUCGCCAAACCUUGUAUUGAAAUUGUGUUGGUAGUUUUUUUUUUUUAUUAAAAUUUUUGAAUAAAAGAAAAAAGAAG